AUGAUAGAAGAAUUAAAUCCUAGACCAUCUAGAGAAGAGAUGGCAUGGCAGUCUCUGUCAGGGCUGGGCUCGACUCAGGGAAAUGGAGCCAGCGGGCCUACAGAAGCACAGCAGCAAGUCCCGAACCAAUCUAUCGGAACGGAGUACACACUUCAAGGUGUUAUGCGAUUUCUGCAGACUGAGUGGCAUCGACAUGAACGCGAUAGAAACUCCUGGGAGAUUGAACGGCAGGAAAUGAAAGGGAGGAUAGCAAAGCUUGAGGGAAGCACGCGGAAAAGUGAUGCUGGAAAUCGAGCCUUAAAAAGAUAUAUCGAGAUUCUGGAGGUGGCCCUAAAAGAUCGAGAUAAACUUGUCCAAGACUUGCAGGCUGAAAGAGAUGGUAUUCCAUCAACGGGAGAAAGAAAAGAAAAGAUUUAUCAGAAUAUCAGUGAAGAUGUACGACCUGAAAACCCUUUGAACUGGAAUCAGAGCGUCAAAGAUGCCGAAAAGAAGUCAAGCGAAGAUCCAAGUCGAGAAAGCAUGAAAGAAUUUCUAGAUAAAACACAAGGAGAACUGACGUAUUUAAUGUUAUCGCCCUUGAAUCCUCUACCGCCCAGACAGGCUACAGAUAACAACGCCUUACACCCCACAUUUGGGGCAUACUCGAGCCAAACAGGCCCAGAAGCUGCUUAUCAGCACCAAAAUAGGCAAAGAAAUGUGCAUACCAAUAUUCCUCGUUCCUUAUCAAGAUCUCACCCUUCAUCUCAAACACCUAUCUCGGAAUUCUGCAGCUCGCCUGAUGAACAACAGUUCCCAAAUAGUCGUGCUCAAGAGCGAGACUCCAAGCAAACAGCCCCCGGCCAAUCUUCUGAAGAAAGAGUAACACAAAUAAAUCAUAUUUUUGAUCAAUAUGGCAGGGAAAUGAGUAGCGACGAAGAAAAAAGAACAGAAGCAAACGGAUGGAAUUUCAACGAUGCAGUAACUUACCCCGACGCGGAUUCUAAAACACAUCGGCCUGACACCGACUUAUUUCCUGUAGCUCAAGAUCCGCCAAGGUCCCCUAAUCGAGUGGGAUCUAAUCGAAGAAAAGGCCUAUCAUCGCGCAGGAAGUUUCUAGAACAAGAAUCAUUGCAAGGAGUUGAUGGAACGGAUGACUGUAAUUUUAAAGUUAGAUUUGGUCUGAGAGGGCACCUUGAUGCAGUUCGCUCCGUAAUUUUUACAGGUGGUGGAAGUCCAGGUGAACCUGAGAUCUGCACAACUGGAGAUGAUGGAACAAUUAAACGUUGGAUUAUUCCUGGUAGAUACGAAAGCCAGGGAACGCAAAACAAUGACCUGGAUAUUCAGAGUAGCUUUACACACCGAGGUCAUUCUGGUGCGGUUAUGUGCCUAGCUUCAUGGUCGCCAUCUCAAAAUAUAUCAAGUGGUUGUCGAGCGCAAGGUGAUGGCUGGAUAUUCUCCGGCGGACAAGAUGCUACAAUUAGAGUUUGGGAACGAGGCAGAGUUGAUCCGAAAGCUGUACUUGAUGGUCAUACCGAUGCUAUUUGGGCUAUUUGUGUCUUACCUGGGACUGCUAGCAGUGUUAUGGGCCAGAGCAAACCCUCAUCUGGACCAGGUCGGAUACUACUGGCGUCGGGAAGUGCAGACGGGACUGUAAAAGUCUGGUCAGUUAGCGCGCCACCGCAACAAACCUCACCGCAACCAGGAGGUAGACGCGGUAGCCGUGCAAGGGGAAACUCAAUGUCUUCAGGAUCCGGCUUCCCGUCUUCUCCUCAACCUAGUCUUGCUUCCAAUUCACCUUUUAAUUACACACUUGUUCACUCUAUCUCGAGGCCAAAUAGCACUGCGUCGCCAACAUGCAUUACCCCAUUAUCUGCAUCCGAAGAUGCAUUCGUAGUCUCAUAUGCAGAUGCAGCUGUAUUAAUAUACGAUACCCGAACCGGAGAAGAAAUAAUCUCGAUGGCUAGUCUCGAAACAUACGAUAAUACAAUGGCAACUGGAGUCAAUGCUGUUGUUGCAUCUACGAUAGACCCAAAUGCUUUUUUUUGCUUAGAUGCUGGCACAGAAUAUAUAGAAGACGAGGAUAUAGUCAUGGGAGCCACUGGCUCGAGUGGUGUAAUGGAAGGUAUUAUUAUUUCUGGUCACGAAGAUCGAUAUAUUCGGUUCUAUGAUGCUAAAAGCGGUCAAUGUACAUAUAGCAUGUUGGCACAUCCAGCCGCAAUAGCAGCUCUAUCCCUAUCUCCAGAUGGAAGAGAACUUGUCUCUGCAGGACAUGAUGCGAGCCUACGGUUUUGGAGCCUUGAGAAGCGUAGCUGUAUCCAGGAGAUAACUAGUCAUCGACUAAUGAGAGGCGAAGGCGUUUGCAGUGUAAGUUGGAGUAGAGAUGGAAGAUGGGUGGUAAGCGCUGGUGGGGAUGGAGUGGUAAAAGUUUUUGCAAGGUGA